AUGAGGGAACUAGGAGUAAACUCCAGUGGGCUUGAUGUUAACGGCAACUGUGAGAUCCAUGACGGCUUCCUGUCUCCUGCCUUACCCAUUCUCAACUUAAUAAUCUUCUUCUUCGGCCUGGUCAGCAACACCAUGACCAUAUUUGUGUUCUUCCUGAGGAAGCACUCCGACUCGUCCAUGGCUGUGUACAUGAGACACCUGGCCAUAGCUGACUUCCUGUUGGUGCUGUGUCUGCCCCUGCGGGUCUACUACCACAACAGCCAGAGCCCCUUCUACCUCUGCAAGGUGCUGGGCAUCUUCUUCUACGUCAACAUGUACGCCAGCAUCCUGUUCCUCAGCCUGAUCAGUCUGGACCGCUACCUGAAAAUCAUUAAGCCUGUGUGGGUCCUGAGAUUCCACUGGGUGCGGUGGAGCCACCGGGCGUCCUUCUUGGUGUGUGAAGGUCUGAUUCUGGGCAUGUCUCUGUUCUUCCUCAGGAAGACAGGAUCUGCUGACAGGAUCUGCUUCCACUUCCACCACAAAGGUCUCCUGGGGGGCGUGGCCAACCUCACUGUGGUGGCCUUCUUCUGUGCCACCUUCCUCCUCUUCCUCUGCUUCUAUGCCAGGAUAACCACCAAGCUGAGGACCAUGUCCCUAGGCAACCGGGACCCCAAGGCCCAGCGGAGGAAGAGCAGGGUGGUCUGGAAGACUUUUGUGGUGCCGGUGAUCUUCACGCUGUGCUUCCUGCCAUACCACCUGGUGCGAGUGACCUAUGUGCUGGCCAAAAUGGAUCUGAUACAGGCCCUGGACAGUAAGAAGAUUCUCCACAUCCUCAACGAGCUCACUCUGCUCCUAUCUGCACUCAACAGCUGUCUGGACCCCAUCAUCUACUACUUCCUGUCUUGCACCUAUAGGAGGACCAUCCUGUGUGCCCUGCAGGGGCAGCUCAAGACCAUGUACGCUGUUAACUGCAGAUGCAUCAGUAUUAACCAACCUAUUACAGAGAUAUAG